UGAAUUCGAUUGUUCAGAAUGAGAAUUGGGAUUGGCGUUUUAGUAUUGUAUUCAGUGAUUUACACCGCAAAAUCACUUUACGUUGAGAAAAGCAGAGAAAUUUUCAACGAUGCUCAACUUCAAGAUCUUUCUGAUGUGAUUAAUCAGACAAUCGAGAAUGAAAAGAAGGAAGUGAAAGAGGUGCCUCGUAUCUCAUCGAUAUUCAAUUUAAAUAAAUUGAAUCUUCUUCCGAUUCGGCAAUAUGUUGAAUCAUCUGAAGACGAUCUACAUAAUGAGAUUGAAAGGAGUGACGUAAUCGAAAUUGAGGUGCCAGUGAUAGGAAAUGAAUACAUCAGAGAUUAUCAAAUGAAUGAAGAUGAGAAUAAGUCAGAAGCCAGUGACGAAGUGAACAGUUUUGACAUUAUAACAACGUCGAUAGUUGAAGAUCACUCAACACAUUUAAAAACCGAACCAGCAAAUGACAUCUCGACAUUUUCCAAUAACUUUCAAACCAUUCAAACUGACGAGACUACUCCUAAGAAAGUUAUCGAGAUUGCAACACAAGCUUAUGACGAAGCUCCAACUCUUACAAUUACAUCUGGAGUGACCACAAAGCAAAGUGAAGAAAGUAAUGUUGAAGAUAUUCAGAGCGCGGAAAGUAAACUUCUGGAACAUAUUGAAGAAUGGAAAGCGACUGAGAGUUAUGACAACGAUUUUCCCAUCGUUGAAAAGAUUUUCACACUCGAAUCCCGUUCUAAACCGAAAUUUCCAUUUAAUGUGAAAAUUCUUGUGAAUAACGACGAUUAUCAGAAAAGUUGCAAGUCGAAAACUUCAUGCAAUCAAGUAAGCUACAAAAGGCCUUCGCAACUUGAUCAACAUUUCUACUCUGAUUACUCUGAUGAAGAUUUGCUUUUUCAAACUGACUACGAUCAUCGUUUCGAGUUGCUAAAUGAGAAACAAAGAAAUGUAAGACGAGCUGAUGAUCCACUUGAUUUCAUUACGCCAGCUCCACGUUUCCCGACACUUCCUGGAUUCAAAAAACCAAACUUCAUAGAACGUCUUGAAAGUGAAAGUGAUCUUGAAAGAGCUGAAAGAGUCAACAAAGAUCUCGACAACCUCAUGCGAUUUGUCUCAGUGUGGGCGCAAGUUGAUAAAUUUAUUUCAGAUCGUGCAAGGUCAGCAUUACGAAGAUUUACUUAUGUCACUGGUGACGACUAUUACGAUAUGCCAAUUGGUUCAAAGAAGCGCUCGUCAUUACCAUCUUUAGAUGAACCAUUCACAUGACUGUUGAAGUCUCUAAAGCCAAGAAGAAAAGCGUUUUUCCGAAGAAAACUCGCACGUUAUAAUUUCAAAAGAAGAAAAAAUUUAUUGGAGAAUUUUAUGAAACUUUUCGUUCUUUUAUAUUAAAACUGAAUUAGAAAUAAUAAUAAAAAUAUUUUUUAUGUAAACUGU